UGUUGGCCAAUGAGAGGUCGGCUUCAUUUUCCUCCGGACUUGGGACAGGGGCAGUCAUGGCGCCACCCGUGAGGUACUGCAUCCCCGGCGAACGUCUGUGUAACUUGGAAGAGGGCAGCCCCGGCAGCGGCACCUACACCCGGCAUGGCUACAUCUUUUCGUCGCUUGCUGGCUGCCUGAUAAAGAGCAGCGAGAACGGCGCGCUUCCUGUCAUAUCUGUGAUGAGAGAAACAGAGUCCCAAUUACUGCCAGAUGUGGGAGCUAUUGUAACCUGUAAGGUCUCUAGCAUCAAUUCACGCUUUGCCAAAGUACACAUCCUAUAUGUGGGGUCCACACCGCUUAAGAACUCUUUUCGAGGAACUAUCCGCAAGGAAGACGUCCGAGCUACUGAAAAAGACAAGGUUGAAAUUUAUAAGAGUUUCCGCCCAGGGGACAUUGUCUUGGCCAAAGUGAUCUCCCUAGGUGAUGCGCAGUCCAACUACCUCCUAACCACUGCUGAAAAUGAGCUGGGAGUGGUGGUGGCCCACAGUGAAUCGGGUGUCCAGAUGGUUCCCAUCAGCUGGUGUGAGAUGCAGUGCCCUAAGACCCACACUAAAGAAUUCCGGAAAGUGGCCCGAGUACAGCCUGAAUUCUUACAGACCUAAGAAGCCACACUUUACCCCAUGCACAGGAGUAAGCUCUUUCCAAGAGUACAUGUGUGAACGUGACAUCAGGGUGCUGUUGUCUUCAUUCAGGCACCUGGGGCUGGCCAGCAGCCACCUCUAGAAAAAUCUUACUCUAUAGGCAAAACAUUUUUCCUGUGAAUCGUUCAGUGGAUUUCAUCCUCUUGAGUGAUAAAUUUCUCUUUUGGAGGCACCAGCAAACCAACUGUAUGAUGGUGGAAAUAGCCUGUUCUUUCUGACAGUCUUAUAAAUAUGUAUUUUUUGCUGUGAAAAAGAAAACAUUUUUACGAAAAGAAUUUUAUGGUUUCUGUUACAUUGAGUAGGGAAAAGAAUCUAAACAGUGUCAUGACAUUUAGAGCAGGGUCUUGCCUGGUGGCACCGAUUAACAGACAUGUGUUACGUGCUUUCUUGCUCUAGACAACGCCUAAUUGCCAAUCUUUUUUGUAUAUUCUGUUGUACAUACUUUUGCUUAUUGAGUACUUGCUAUGUGUCAGGCACUAGGUUAAGUACUUUAUAUACAUUUCCUCAUUUAGAGAGAUUAUGGUUUAGUGAAAAUUAUGGGACACAUGUGGUGAUUCAGGUAGCAUGUUAGUAAUUCUGAAAGUAAUUUGGUAAACAAAGUAUUACUGAUACAGUAGAUACUCCAGGAAAUGUUAAAUCUGAAUUGAAAAGAGGUACAGAACACUAUCAUGUGAAGUGGCCAGGAAAGGAUUUGUAACAUGAAGUGAGAGGAAUUAAAGAACUAAGAUAAGUGAGGUGAAGAUAUUCAGAGCAGAGAGAGAAGCCCAAGCAAAGUGCAGAAUCAGGAAUGUACACACAAGCUUGAGGACAAGCAAAGGAUGAGGGUUAAGCAUGGGGAGGUUGCAGAGAGAAUGAAAGGAGAGAUGAAUUAUGUCACUUCUUGAGAUGUUAUUAGGGAGCCCAUGUCUUCUCUGUGAAGUGAGAAUGGUUGGGGUAAGGUUUGGAGUCAUCCCACCUGGGUUUGUGUCCUCUCGUUGCCUUAAGCCGGGUUAUACGUUGUUUUGUUUAUUUUAUUUUAUUUUAUUUUUUUUUCCGGUACGCGGGCCUCUCACUGUUGUGGUCUCUCCCAUUGCGGAGCACAGGCUCCGGACGCGCAGGCUCGGCGGCCAUGGCUCACGGGCCCAGCUGCUCCGCGGCAUGUGGGAUCUUCCCAGACCGGGGCACGAACCCGUGUCCCCUGAAUCGUCAGGCGGACUCUCAACCACUGCGCCACCAGGGAAGCCCGUUUUGUUUUUUUUGAUUGAAAUUUUUAUUGACAUAAUUGUAAGUAAUUGCAGUUUUAAGAAAUAAUACAGAGAUCCCUUAUGCACUUUUUCCAGUUUCCGCCAGUGGUAACAUUUUGCAAAAUAAUAAUAUGCUGUACUAUAACAAUCAGGAUGUUGAACUGAUACUUGAGCAAAUUAUUUUUAUUUCUUUAAGUCUGUUUCCUCAUCUGGAAUAGUAUGACCUCAUAGGAUUAUUAUGAGGAAAUGUAUAAAAGUGGUUAGUACACGCCAAUAUUACUGUUAUAUAUUAUUGUUGUUAUUAUAUAACUGAUUGCCUUCUAUCAGGUAUCUACUAAAUGCCAGGACUUAAUGCUAGAUACUUCAGUGUAGUUUGUAUUGAUAUAAUCAGUCUCCUAUUGAUAGAUAUUUUUAAACUUUUUUUCUUUUACAGACAGUGCUGCAGGGAAAAUCCCUAUACCAUAUAUCUUUGUGCAUGCAUAUGAUUCUUUUGCAAAACAGAUUCCUAGCAGUAUAAUGUUGAGUAAAAGAAUAUGCACAUUUAAAUUUUUGGUUAGAUUCUCCCUUAUUGCCUUGCAGAAAGAUGCUACCAAUUGAUUUUCUCAACAGUGUUAGCCAUUUUACUUACGUUAUCUCUGAAUUUCACAGUGACCCGGAAAAGUAGCAAUUAUUUCCACAUGUUACAGAUAAGUAAACUAAGGCUUAGAAAAAUUAAUAAAUCUCACAGACAUCAAGAGGCAGAACAGUGUUCAAACUCAGAUCUGCUUUACUGUAAAGCCUGGGCCCUUCCUUCUGUACCAUGGUGCCUCAUUUUUCCAAGUAUUGAACAGAAACCUCAGGCAUGCAAUUAGAGGCUCUCCAAAUUGACAUUGGUUAAUUAAUUAUAAGUGCUUGUUGGACAUCAUUCAUUCAUUAUAUAAAUAUAUUUGAGCAACUCCUCUGCCCACCACUGCUCCAGGAACUAGGGAGUAAAGCAGUGAACAUGAUACAAUCCUUUCCUUGUGGAGCUUACAUUCUAGUGGGGGGGGACCAUUGGUGGGAGGGGAGACAAAUGAAAAGUAAACAAAUACGGAAAUGUUAUAAUUUCAAACAGUAAUUUUAAAAAGUGUCAUAAAGAAGAACAUUUGAAACAA